AUGGCGUCCUCUCUGGAGCCUGCACAGCGACCGAUCAACCUGAUUGAGUCGGCCGACAGAUGCGAGCAGCACCUCAACUCGUUGAGAAAGUAUGCGAACAAUAGCAAAACGAAGCACAACAGCGGGAAGAAGAAGGUCUUACUUGAGGAUGUUAUCACACGCCCUGAGGGAAGGCAGACAUCCGACGAAGAAAUCAAGGCAUCGGUCACUUCGGUCUUCGAGGACAUCGUAUCGCGGAACAGGGCAGUGGAAGUUGCGCAUCUCUGGAAGGAAUUGGAUGAGAUAAGAGACCCCAUCGGUUACUUGCACAAUCAGGUCAAAACAGUCUUGCGUGAAACUCUAGAUCAAAAAGAACGCCGAACAAGAAUCUCCGAAAUAGUUCAGAGAAGAUCUAAGUCCUACUAUGUCUUCGUCAACGCUAUCGGCCAGAUGUCGGAGGCAGAGAGGCGGUCAACACGCUUUGGAACAUAUUACCUACUAUGGAGAGAAUUCUCCCCAGGACUAGAUCUGAAUGGGAAUGUUGGCAAUGCGGAUGACCCCGGGGAUGGCAAGAUAUACGAUCAAGGUAGCAUACAACAAGCGAGCCAGAUCCUAAAGGCAUUCUAUGAUGCGUGGUCGGAACCCAUCAUCAAAGCCAAUGUCGCGAACCCGACGUCGCCAGACAUACUACGGAAGGCGGGAAAGAUUCCAGAAAUGGCGAAAAUCUGUCUCAUUCUACGUGGAAUAAAGCAGGAGAGGCUUCUCGACUGUUUUUGCGAAUAA